AUGAGCAGCCAAAAAGAACACUUCACAACUUCAACUUCACAUCUUCAACUUCACAUCUCCCAGAUGAUGACCGCGCAGAGUGGGACGGACUCGCUUGGAAUUUACAGUGCGGCCUCCGUGGAUUCCAUCCGAGCUUCAUUACAGGAACUUUCAACACGUGAAUCAUCCAUAACCUCCCGCCUGGACACUCUCCUAGCUUCCCAAAAAGACCUCUCACACCAACUCUCCCGCUUGGAUCUCGCUCGUGCCUCAUUGGGAUCCUCAGUUACUGCAACACGUAACAUCAGCCAUGUAACAUUAUCUUCUGCCUCAAAGACUGCUACCCGCAUAUCUCGAGCAGUAAAGGCAUUGGACCAAGAACAGAAGAAUGUCAAGGCCACACUAGAGGUCGUCGAGCAAGUGGCUGAACUGAAGUCAUGCGUACUUGGAGUACAUGGAUCUAUGGGCGCUCCUCAAGACUGGGAAACGGCCGCCAGCUACCUGCACCGUGCCAGCCAGAUCCCGGAUGAAGUGAUUGACGGGGACUUCGCCCAGGAGAUAGUGCCAACCGCUGAAGUUCCCGAUCGGCCACGUGAGACUAUUGAAGCUGCAGCCGAGUCGCUCUGUGGAUUGUUCUUGAGGGAGUUCGAGAAAGCUGCGCGAGAGGGAGAUGGGGCGAGGGUGACGCGCUUCUUCAAACUCUUCCCAUUGAUCGGGCGGAGCUCUGUGGGGUUGGAAGCAUAUGGGCGCUAUGUUUGCGGUGGUAUUGCCAGUCGAGCGAGAGCAAACAUGAAUACAACAGGUCAGAGGCGAGAGGGCAUGYUCUACGCCAAUGCCUUGACGAAGCUGUUCGAGCACAUCGCACAGAUAGUGGAUGGACACGAGCCACUAGUAGAGCGUCAUUACGGACCUGGAUCCAUGGUGAAAGUAAUUGAGAGAAUACAAGCCGAASCUGACUCUCAGGGUGGAUUAAUUCUCGACACGUGGGCUGAGGAAAGGAGAGUAAGCAGAAAGUUGACGGAUGUCAAAAGCUAUCCAUUCAACUUCCUGGUAUCGAGCUUCCUACCCACCAGCACUAACGCGAAGACUGGCGCAACAAGAAGCAGUUCUCCCGGGUCUGGACGUCCAAGCGAGGACGAGGGUGUUGAUAUGAAGGAGGUGGAUGCGCUUCUCAGCGAGAGUGCUGUUAUGCUUGGUCGCUGGUCUCUCUACACCCGUUUCCUGGCGAGCAAGACUGUGCCACUUUCCGAUGAUGAGAAUGCUGCUUUGCAUCUACCCGCUUUCAUACUGCAUAGCACGCUGCAAAAGCGUGUGAAUGACCUCCUCAUUGAACCAUUCAAUCUCAUGACUACGUUCUUCUUCCGCCGAAGCGUGGAGAAGUCGUUCCAACAGGACGAAUCUCCUGCCUCCGAGCUUACUCUGUCGGCAAACAAACCGCUCAACGCCAAUCCGCCUUUCAUCACGAGUGCGGUCGACGAUGUGAUGUACAUUGUGAAUCAAGUUCUACAGCGCACUCUGUCCACCUCACAAAGGCCUAUUGUCUCUAACGUUCUGCCCUCUCUAGGCAGGGUGCUGGGAAGCGACUUCUUUGGCAUGAUUCAGCGCAAAAUGAGAGACGAGUCGUACCCAAAAGCUGCCAUCCAAGGAGCAUUGCCCCCGGAAGGACUCAUCAUCUCCUUCCUGGUUCUGAUCAACAAUCUUGAUGUGGCGACGGACUAUGUGCGUCGCAUCGUCAACACCUGUCUCGGAGAGCCUACGAGCUCACCAAAUGCUACGCAACAGCUUUCUGGAGUAGGAGACGGGGUCCUGGCUGAUACCUUUCCCUUUGGAAACGAAUCUCAAAUGGUUGCCAAAUCGUUGCGGACUCUGGAUAGCGCAUUCUCGACCAAGACGCGCGAGUUGAUCAAUGAGGCGCUAGAGGUGCUUCAGAAGCAGGUCAUGCGCCCGCGACUACGUCCUGUGCUAGUUGAGACCUUCCGAGAUGUAAGCUACGAUAUCUCCGCAGAAGACACCAGCGUCAGUCAAGACGGCGAUGAUGCAGAGGGUGUAGCGGAGCUAGUCACAAGAAGAUUCGAACGCGGAUGGAAUGCCUUCACGCUGCCGUUGAAGCGAAUCAUGACGCCUUCUGUCUACGAGAAGUUGCUUGCUGGGCUCAUCACAUAUCUCGCGGACCGCCUGGAGAAGAGGAUUUACUCGCUGUACGGCCGAGUGACGGAAUUGGGUGCGAUCCGACUUGAGCGCGAUAUUGCGGGCAUUGUUGCUGCAGCAGUCAAGGGGGGCAAGUACGAUCUCAGAGACAGUUUUGCACGAUGUGUACAGAUGACGCUGGUGAUGAAUAUGKAAGAUGACGAAUGGGAAGAAGUAGUGAAACUCGGGGAGGUCGGUGACGAGGCUUUGGAGAGAGAGACUGGAGUGAAGUGGAAGCUGGACGGCGAGGAACGAAGGAGGGUAAGAGGCAUUGUCAAGGAAAGAGGAUGA